AUGGCUUCUUCUCAUCACACCACUGUGUUGAUGAUUUUGGUUGCACUGUUUCUGAGUUCCGCCGUUGCUAGAUCACCACCAUCAUCACCCAAGUCUUCUCCGUUUCCAUCACCUGCUAUUUCUCCCUCCGCUGACUCACCAGUGGCGUCUCCUCCGGUACCUGUGAAUAGUGCUCCCUCUUCUUUACCGACUGCUUCAUCUGGUUCUCCCGCUGCUGCUCCUGCUGUCUCUCCAUCGUCGAUCUCUACUCCUCCAUCUCAAGUACCAUCGCCUACGAUUUCUUCUCCUCCUGCUGCUUCUCCUGCUGUCGCUCCAUCGUCGAUCUCUACCCCUCCAUCUCAAGCACCAUCGCCUACGAUUUCUCCUCUUGCUGCCGCUCCUGCUGUGACUCCAUCGUCGAUAUCUACUCCUCCAUCUCAAGCACCAUUGCCUGCGAUUUCUCCCUCCGCUAACUCAACGGUGGCAUCUGCUCCCGUACCUGUGAAGAGCAGUCCUUCUCCUUCACCGUCUGCCAUCAACUCUCCACCAUCUCCUCAAGCUUCCCCCGCAGCCACUCCUGCUAUUACUCCAUCGGCGAUCUCUACCCCACCAUCUAAAGCACCAUCAACGUCCACAAACGCUGCCACCACUUUGAACAGAUUUACAGUUGCCGGAUCUGCUGCUGUCGUGGUUUUCACUGCUGCUUUGAUGAUGUAG